AUGGACAACGAUGAUAAUACCAAUAAUAACCAUAAGAACGAUGAUGCGUCAAGCGUCACCAACGAGUCAGGAAGAACCAGGCUUUUAGGAACUUUAGCUGGUAUCGGGAAUAAUUGCAACAACAUGAUUGGUGUUGGAAUAUUCUCAAGUCCCGGUCUAGUUUUAAGUGAAAUAAAUUCGCCUGGGAUAGCAUUAAUUUUAUGGCUAGUGGGUGGAAUUGCCGCUUUAUUUGGAUCACUUUCUUACCUGGGAAGUUCUAUACCAGAAGGAGGCGGAGAAACUGUGUAUUUGAAACGAGCAUUUCCUCGCCCACGAGCGCUUUUUAGCUAUAUGUUUAGUUUUUCUAUGAUUGUGGCAAUACGUCCAGCUUCAAUGUGUGCUAUUGCAAAUGUUUUCGCGCAAUAUUUCUUAUAUUUAAUUAAAGCAACAGAACGUUGUGACAUUAAUUAUCUGCAUCCAACGGGAUAUCUUAAUAACUGGGAAUUUUGGCAGUUACGACUUUGUUCGUUAGCUGCGGUAUUGAUAAUCGCAAUUUACCAUGUGUUAUCUAACAAAUGGGCAAAUCGAAUAAAUCAAUCACUCACGAUCAUAAAAAUGUUAACGUUACUGGUGAUAUCGAUUAUUGGGCUGGCAACAAUUCCUCAGUUUAUUAACGACGAAAACACGAAUUGGAAAAAUAUGUUUCCUGUUGAAAUGACUAUUAGUGCAAGCACUUUAACUGCUGCACUUAUUCCCAUUUUGUUUGCAUAUAAUGGCUGGAAUAAUUUAAAUUAUACUUUGGAUGAAUUCGUUAAUCCACAAGAAAAACUAUUCAUAUCAAAUAGUAUCAGUGUCAUUAUUGUUACUUUUCUGUACCUUUGCGCUAAUAUCGCAUAUACGAAUGUACCAUUGUCAAAAAUAACGGGUAAAAGUGAACCAUCAGAAAUCAUUGCGGGUCGAUUCGCCUUCAAAGUUGGUGGCUUUGGUUUAGCUCAUGCAUUAUCCUUUUUCGUUUGUCUAUCAGCUUUUGGAGCAUUGGCUGCGAACACAUGGGCUGGAUCACGAGUAAUUGUAGCCGCCGCCAAAAGAAAUUAUUUUCCUUUCUCAUCAUGGUUCCAAAAAUGGAAUACAAAGACAGAUACUCCGGUUUUUGCAUUGAUAGCACAAACAUUUUGGUGUUCAUUGAUUAUUAUCUUUUAUCCACACAACGAUCCAUUUAAAUUCUUUAUUAAGUUGGGUCAGCAUUGCAUGUGGGUGUUUCUAUUUCUGAGUACUUUAGGAUUAUUGUUUCUGCGUUAUACUAAACCAAAACUACGGCGUCCAUUCAGAGUGCUUACCAUAAUACCCGUAAUAUUUAUAUUAUUCGCACUAUUUAUCAUAAUUGGGUCUUUCGUAAACGAUUCUGAUAAAGACACAACAUUUAGUUAUUAUCCUUAUGUCGUCAGUUUGGUUGUAAUAGGAGUUGGUACAAUUUGCUGGUAUAUUUUAUACUGGUUAGGUUGUCAACUUAUAUCCAAACCAAGGGUACCCCGCUCACAUAAUGAUGAUGGUUCAUCAUUACAUACUUCGGGUGAUGAUGAGGAGAGACGCACAGUUGUGCCUAUAUCAAUAGAAGACAGGACUGACACUUUUGAUUCUAGGAAUUUUUAA